AUGCCGUGGGAGAAGCUUGCAAUAGACAUCACAGGGCCAUUCGAGAAGGCAUCACCAGAUUGCAGAUUUGCGGUAACACUCGUGGACUAUUACAGUAAGUGGCCAGAAGUAUUCUUCUCCGCUUCUGUCACGUCAGCCACUGUUAUCACCUUUCUACAGCAAGUAUUCAGCAGAGAGAGAUAUCCACAAGAAAUAGUCUCUGAUAACGGGUCACAGUUCAAGUCAAGUGAAUUUGAGAACUUUCUGAAAGAGCGAGGAAUUAAACAUCUCUGCUCCUCUUUGUACUACCCGCAAGGGAACGGAUUAGUGGAACGGUUCAACCGCACGUUCAAACAGUAUGUCCAACUGGCAUCUUUGGAGCGGAGACCCCUGCGCACGGCUGUUACAGAGUACCUCGGCGUGUUCAGAACUAUUCCCCAUAGCACCACUGGUCAGUCUCCAGCGAAGCUACUACAUGGAAGACAGCCACGUACGAGGCUAGACAUUGUUGGAAUUCGGACUCGUCAAGAUCCAACAGAAACAUUACAAGCGUUAAGAGAACACGUGGAGCAGAAACAACAGUAUAUGAAGAGGAUCACAGACGAAAGACGUCGAGCAAAAACCACUACUUUUCGUCCUGGUGACCUCGUACGCAUUCGAAUUAAGCCACGUUUCAAAGCAGAACCAACGUACUCGAAGCCGGUCAAGAUACUGAAACAGUGCGGGAAGCACUCAUAUCUUCUCCAAGGCAACAAGGUGUGGAACGCCUCGAAGUUAAUCCUCGCCAGACAAGUUGACAGCUCUGAUAAGCACAUCCGAAAUGCAAACAAACCAACGGUAGGAGUGGACCCACACAUGAGCUCCCUGUGGCAACAUCUGGACCCGUCUUAG